ACACAGGAGAACAGGGGGUUGUACGGCGCAGACGAGGCUGACGAGGCCUGGAUUAGAUACGUUGAUCAGAUUGACGAGGACGUUCUGGCGGCGCUGUCCCGCCUGCUCAGCGCCGCGCUGCACUUCCUGUCCGACAGCAUGAAGCCUGAGGGUGGCCCGGUGCUCUUCAGCCUCUCUCUCCUCCUCGGCUCUGAAGCUGCUGUGUUUGAGCCUCUGAGCUCUGGCCUGACGGAGCGGCUGGACGUCCUGCUGAGCUCCGCCUUCAGCGCCGCCGCCCUCAUACACACCCUGUCCCCCCGCAGGGCCCGCAGCUACCAGCUGGAGCUGCAGCAGGGGGCGGAGCUGUGUGCGCUGGUGGAGCAGGUGAGGCGGGGCCUGCAGGCGGUGCAGGAGGAGGCAGAGCGCUUCAGGGAGCACCUGGACAGGUACGCCUACCUGUGGCAGGACGAUCAGCAGGAAGUGAUGCAGCAGUUCCUGAGCGACGGCGGAGUGAUGACCUCACAGGAUUCGGUGGCUGAGGGGGGCAGGGGCCCCCCGACCCUGCAGGACUUCAGGAAGGAGAUGGACUCGUACCAGCGUGUGUUCGGCGAGGUGCAGCAGCUGGACGAGAGCGUGCGGCUGCACGGCUGCCUGCAGGUCGACCUCCGACCUUUCAAGAGCUCCCUGCUGUCCGUCAUCCAGAGCUGGACCAGCAUGUUCCAGCAACACCUGGUGGACUGCGUCACCUGCAGCCUGCAGCAGGCUCUGCAGGACAGCCAGCCUCCCCCGGCCUGCACGCUGCCUCUGUCAGAGACCAUCCUGAUGCUGGAAGCCUCUGGCGUCCAGCUGCCUGACCAUCUGUACACACAGCUGCAGGUUUUCGCCAGUACAGACAUGAAAGCCCUCAGACUGCAUUCAGAAAUGUCUUAAAAAGGUCUUAAACUGGUUGAAACCUGCAGAAACCUUGGAUUCUUCUGUUAUCCUGCUCUGUGCUGAACUGUGUGCUUCAUGUUUCCUCCCAGUGGCAGUGAGGAGCAGCAGGAGAGGCUCAGUGGAUCUGAAACUUCUUCCAGCUCCGCUGCUCAACCUGCUCUAAUAAACAUGUCAGAAAACA